CUAUUCCACCCCAAUACUAAUCAAGAUAGACUUUCUUAACGAUGUCAACUGGAUAGACAAAUUCAUCCUCAGAUUACACCUAAAAUACCAAUACCAACCCAAUAGGAGCCAGAAAGGCAAAGAUCUCUCAACUUGUGAAUGCCUAGAUAUUGAUACUAACCUUCCAAAACGCAAACAACCGUCUAACAGCCCCACAAAGGUUUAUGUUACAGGCUGUACUGAAUACCUUCAACCCAAUUCUUUUGAUGAGGAUGGCAGGCUCUUAAACACUUCAUUACAGGUGUCCGAUGACAUUUUAGUAUUUUCAUGA